GUAUGUAGUUAUAACAAUGACCGACAUGAAGCAUGGCUGACCUCCACAAUCUUUGUUAACUAACCAUCAGCGGAUCAGGGACGCCUAAACACCAUUUCUAAAACCAUCUCUCCCCUGACCAUCUCCAUAAAUCACCGAGAUACCCGUUGAUCGGCCCCUCUCGUCCCGCAGAAUGCUCGUUAGCAACACCGCCACAGGCCUUACCGUGGCUGACAGUUCCCGUCUUCGGUUUAGGUUGUUUUCACGUUGGAAGGGCCGGAACGGCAGGGAAAGACUCAAACGGAGCUGGACAAUAAUGAACCAUUACUGACGUGCUCCUUUUUUCUCCAGAGGUGAGGAAGUUUCCAAGUUGUCCUGCGUGUUGUUUCUUUUUUGCAAUGUCCCUUGCAAGCCAGUAAAUCAUGUCUGCCGCAGAGAGUUCGGAGCGGAAACACGGUGUCAAGGGGUUCUUCUCCAACGUGCUACGCCCCAAAAAGUCCCGCCAGACUCUGCGCAAAAAGGCGCCGGUCGAUGGGGUCGAGCAGGUGCCCGCUGUGCCUAAGUUGGCACCUUUGGAGGAGCAUCGUCAAAGGGUGCGCGCAGCAGGACUCCAUCUCAACACGCAGCUGGGUGAAAACCUUGACUAUACGGAGAUUCUGCAUAAACUAGGGCUGAAUGAGCCCUUCGAUGCAGACGAUUCACAUUAUGCCGUUCAGGACAAUCGGCCACCCGGAGAGCCCGCCGUGGCUAGCCUGUCGCCGGAGCUUUGGGGUUGCAUCGUCCAGUAUCUCAACCCCCGCGAGGCCGCCAGCUUGGCCCUGGCUAGUCGAACCCUCUAUAUGAGGUUGGGAUGCACACCGUUCCAGGCUCUCAACCUGGAAGAGAAUUAUCAAUACAAGAUCGAGUUUCUGGUCUCUCUGGAUCGCUACUUUCCGCACCAUCUGCUAUGUUUUCCCUGCGCGAAAUUUCAUCGCCGCACGCAAGAGGGCCGUGAACGUCUUCGGCCAGCCGAUGUAUUGAAUCCUCUGUUCAACUGUCCCAAUGCGCGCAAUCCGCUGCGGCCUCAGCCACGGCAUCGCAUCACUCAUAAUUAUGUACUGUAUUAUUCGUUUGUCCAGUUGGUGAUGCGAGCGCAUCGUUUGGGACCAAGAUACGGUCUCUCACCUGACUCCCUCGGUCGUCGCUGGAAGAGGGAUGGAUGGAACUUCACUACGAGGUACCACAUCCAUAACGGCCACCUCCUUAUGCGCGUGACCGCCCAGACUUUCGCUGAUCCGGGUCUGACGCCUGCUGCUCAGCGGAUGCUGCUGUAUUCCCGAGACGACUACUGGCCGUUCUUCUCUGCCUGUGCCCAUUGGAGAGACGGCGAACUGAUGAGCGUCUGCAAAUGUGCACUAUCUCAUAUUCCUGUUCCCCGACCCACGGAAGGUCUUCAAGGAGUAGAGAAUAGGGUCAAAGACAUGCUCGCAGCGCCCUCAACAAGGGGAUCUUCCUCUUCAGUCAUGACAGCUAGCUGUGGGAAAUGCAGACCAAAAAGACGAUGUCCGGAGUGUCCCACAGAAUAUCUCAUCGAGAUCAAACUCACCGAAGAUCGGAGUGAGAUUAAAAACGUCCAUUUCAGGCACGCCAUCGUCGUGACCCGCUGGAGUGACCUAGGAGACGGAAUGUCGCCAAUGUCGCCGGAAUGGUCUGCCUGCGAUGGCUACGGCCCGGAGUAUGACUCUUUCACUGCCAUUGGUAACCGAGCGAUAUCCGGUAUCUUCGAGGCUGCCUUCACGUUCGACACUGUCCCAGGACAACGAGUCAUCUCCUUGAAUCCAACUGGUGUCAAGAAGGGAGAGGCAGGGAACGAUUGGUAUUAAAGGAGUUAUUGAAUAGGACGGACAAACUAACCCUUUAUUCUCCCCGAACAAAGAAACCUUUUGUUUGACCCUAAUCAUGAUGAAAUUUAGGCCGGUAACUGUACCAUAACAUUCGUUUCGGAAAGGACUA